UGUGCUAUUGUGGCGGACAUAUUACUUGCGAAAACAGAAUUUUCCCAGCCCCCCUGAAAAUUAGUAGCAAAACACCACCAAAAAAUCAAAAUAUCCGCAUUUCUCUAGAAUCAUUCAAUAUCAUCCAAUACACGUCUUUUUCAAUCAAAUAUCAUCCAAAUACGCGUCUUUCUUACCUUUAUCAUCAAAUCCACAUAUAUCAAUCAACCCUUUUUUCAAUAUGCCUCGCAACGCCCGCUGUCCUGCUGCUUUGCAAGCCUGUACAAAGACUCCUAUCCUGCGCCUCAGUCUCCCCAAACUACCUGUUCCAGAAGUUCUGGAUAAUGGAGAGGAUCCGGUCAAUGAUGAGAUAGAGGAGCAGAUGGAUGAGAAGGAUAUAGAGACUCAGUCUGAGGAUUCUUGAUAUCCGCGAAUCCCUACACCUGAGUCUGACAUCUCAUACAGAUUGUAUGAACGGGUGAUUAUCAAUGAGAUAAAGAAUAAGAGAGAUGACAAAAUGAUUAAUGAGUAGAAAGAAGAAGAAGAAUCAGAAGAAUGAAUCUAUAAUUUCUACAAUCAAUUCUUCUAUACAGAUCUCUCAAAUAUCUGCUGUUGAAUCUUCCAUCAAAUCCACCGUUGAAUCUUUCAUCGAAUACACUGUUGAAAUCUUCCAUCGAAUCCGCCGU